AUGCCAGAUUCUUUGGUUGCAAAAUUAAAUUUCGACGCCCGAGAAAAGGACAAGGAUAAGGAUUCUAGACCAAAGAGUGGUAGCACAUCCCGAGUCAACUCUCCACCCAUAUCACGAUCUAAUAGUGUUAUCGCAGUGAACAAGCCUCGUUUCAAGCUUACAGAGACUUCUCAUGAGCAUAACCUUAAAAGUGCAAAGAGACAAGAAAAAUUGACCAAUAUGUUAAAAGAUUUGCUUGGAGCCAAAAAGUUGCGUAAUGAAGCCAAGCUGGCGGUUCCUAACAUUCUAGGUGAACACUUUCCUGCCCAAGGUGCUAACCAACCCCCUACGCUAUUUGCUGGUCUUGUAAAUCAAAUAAAGCAUUCGGAUGAAACUGCCUCGGCCUCAGAUGCUUCUAUCGACCGGUCUUUUGCAGAAAAAUAUGGUCGCUGCCAAGAAGUAAUAGGAAAAGGUGCGUUUGGAACCGUUAGAAUCUCCCACAAACGUGUUGGUGAUGCUGAAGGUGAAGAAGCGUUGUACGCUGUUAAGGAGUUUCGCCGUAAACCUAACGAGCUGGAGAAGAAGUUCAAUCGGAGAUUGACUUCGGAAUUUUGCAUUUCAUCAUCAUUAAAGAAUAUUAACAUCAUUGAUACGCUAGACUUGUUGAAAGAUGCCAAGGGUGAUUAUGUUGAAGUAAUGGAGUUCUGUAGUGGAGGAGACUUAUAUACCUUAAUCAUCGCCAGUGGCAAGUUAGAGUAUGCCGAAGCUGAUUGUUUCUUCAAGCAACUCAUCAAGGGAGUUAAUUACAUGCACGAUAUGGGUGUUAGCCACCGAGAUUUGAAGCCAGAAAACUUGUUAUUAACUCCAAACGGUAUCUUGAAAAUUACUGAUUUUGGUAACUCUGAAUGUUUCAAGAUGGCCUGGGAACAAGAGGUUCAGCUAAGCGAAGGCAUUUGCGGGUCCUCGCCAUACAUAGCUCCAGAAGAGUUCACCACUAACCAUUUCGAUUCUCGAUGUGUGGAUAUCUGGUCUUGUGGAGUCAUUUACAUGGCUAUGAGAACCGGUAGACAGUUAUGGUCUGUUGCAGACCCCGAAAAAGAUGAGUUUUUCAGAGAAUACUUGGUUAAACGGAGAAACUCAACCGGGUAUGAACCCAUCGAAAACCUCAAAAGAGCCCGGUGCCGGAAUGUUAUCUAUUCGAUUCUUGACCCUAAACCCAGCAGAAGAAUCACUGGUAAACAGAUUUUGAAUAGUGAAUGGGGAAGAGAAAUUAAGUUGUGCCCUGCUGCCAAAGGUGAAUUAGAAGUACUAACUUCUCCUGUUGGAGGUAACAUCCCCACGGUGGCCGAAUAG